AUGAGGGCGCUUGGUGCAAACUCUAUAUACGGGGAUAUACUUGGUGUUCAGCAUGCAUGGGUUCUGGAGUACGACGAUUGCUAUCUUGAUCAUCUAUGGAACUAUUGCCCCAGCCUUUUGCAACCCGCAAUAUGGAGAGCCCCCGGGGGCUAUCAUUCACAAGUCGCAGGACAGCCAAAUGUUGAUCCCCUCUGGGGAUAUUUUUCACAAGUCGCAGGACAGGACGGGCAGAUAGAUGCUGAGGAGCUCCAGAGAGCCUUGACGAGUUCUGGUAUAGCGGGAUCCUAUCGGUUUUUUAGCAAGGCUGUCUGUGAACUGCUCAUUCUGUCGCUGGAUCGGGACCGUUCAGGUAUGAUGGGCUUCACGGAAUUCAAGGAGCUGUGGGACGCCCUCAAUCAAUGGAAGGCUACAUUUCUUAAUUACGACAGAGAUCGUAGUGGUACAGUGGAACCUCAUGAGCUGCAUGCAGCACUCAUAGACUGGGGGUAUAAGCUCAGCCCCCAGGCGCUUCAAGCAAUUGUGCGCCGUUUCGCUGUGGGUGAUGGUAAAAUGGCCCUUGAUGACUUCAUUCACUUUGCGGUCCGCCUGCGAAUGGCAACAGAUCAGUUCAGGAGCAGAGAUACUACUCAAACCGGGCAUGCAACCUUUAAGUAUGAUGAUUUCAUCCAAAUUGUGAUGUCACUGUGAUGUCUGGAUCCGUCAAGAUGUCUCCAGCAAUGAGCUUUAUGGAGUGGAUGUCAUUGUCAUUGGAAUUAGCAAAACUUGUAUCGUACAUUGAGAUGACUAUAAUUAUUACAAGAAUAUUGUUUGCUAUAUUAUUUUGUACUAGAGGGUGAGUCAAAAAAGCGAAACCCAAAUGUCGGGACUAUUGUUUUAGUGAAGUUCUGCAUGUAGCACUAGGAUAU